GUUGAAGAAGUCCCUCUCCCCAUGCCAUUGAAAAUUGACCAUUUAAGAUACAAGCCAGAUUCCCAAGGGCAGUCAGUAUUACCAGACCUAACCCAGCCACCACCAGGUCUUGCUGGGUCAGCAGGAAUUUCUGACUCUUCAGCAAAUAGCAGAGUUUUGCUGCCAACUCCACACAGUAAUCAGUCAAUUAACAGACCUCUAUUACCAACUCCUCAUGGAGGUCAAGCUUCAAACAAAGUUUUACUACCUACUCCUCCUGGAAUGCCACCAAAUUUUACAAGACCUCCCCCACCUUUGCUAGGGAUGGGACCUGCAGGACUACAUCCUCCCCCAGGUUUUGGUACACAAAGCACUUUCCAAGAUUCACAUUUACCUAGUGAGGACCAUCGUCGACCAUUCUAUGAUGAUCCACCUUUUGGUAAACGCCAGCAUCCAGAUGAUUAUAGAUCUGAAGGAGACCGUCCGUACAAAAUGCAAAACACAAACUUUGAUGAUUUGCAGGGAUACCGUGCUGAAUAUGAUAAUAAUUACACUUCUUCACCUGGCCUUAGUGGCCUUCCUAGUCACACUGGAAACUUCCGAUCCCAUGAUAUUGAUUAUGAUACAUAUUCACAUCAAAGGAGAAAUGAUGAUCAUCCAACUGACCAUUUCUUAGAUGAACGUCCAACAUAUUGUGUUGAAAGCUCAAGACUCAAUGAACCAAAGAGGUACUCCCUUCGUGAUGAAAGCUUUGAUACAUCAAUGCCAAGAGAGAUACCUCAUCUGGAUGCAGAUAACUUGAAUGUCAAUAUACCCGAUUGGCUUGUAGAGGAGGGUGGAAAACUUUGUCUUAGUGACACUAGCAAUGGGACAUCAGUCAUACGUUACUGGCCAAAUUUCAUGACAUCACAAGGGCAUACGGUACUGUUUAGAGUCCUUCGCAAACGACUGAAGUGGUAUCAGCGACGUGCAAUGGUUGAUGGACAAUGGCACAAUUUGCCUCAUCUUCUCUCAUGGAUUGGACCUUGUGAUUACUCAUACUCUGGGGUAACAUUGGAAAAAAAUACAGAUUGGCUACCUGAAAUUGUUGAUUUGUUACACAGGUUGAUAAGAUAUACUGGCAAUCAGUAUAACUGCUGUUAUCUCUCUCUCUAUCGUAAUGGUUAUGACACCACAGCAUGGUCAUCAGAAAAUCAUAUUGCUUUACGUAAAAAUCCAUCAGUUGCUGCUGUCUCCUUAGGUGCUACAAGAGUAUUUGAAAUGCGUAGAAAGAAUGGAGGUGGGUAUCUACGAUUCCCGCUUCAGCCUGGCUCAUUGCUGUUGAUGGAAGGGGCAACUCAAGAGGACUGGGCUCACCAGUUUCCAAAACAGCCAAAUGUUCCAGGAGAGAGGAUACAUAUCACUUUCCGCAAGUUUUAUAUGAUAGAAGGAGUAACUGUCUAAAGAAGAUUGUUUUAUACCUAUAAACUGUUUUAUACCUAUAAAAUAGUUUUUAACUCGUUACAGACUAUCUUGUAGAAAUUCUAAUGGCAUUUUUAUGCUUAUAUAUACAGAGAAUAUUUUGCACAUAUAUAUGUAAUUAAACUGUAAUUUAUUUACUGGAAGCAUAUAUGUAAUUAAACUGUAAUUUAUUUACUGGAAGCAAAGUUAUGAACAUUAUCUUCAACAUUAUACCAUCAAUAAAAAAUUAUGCUGUUUUGCACUGUGUGGCACUUCAA